AUGGCAACCAUCACCUGCAACCGGUUCACAGAAGAAUAUCAGCUUUUUGAAGAGCUGGGGAAAGGUGCUUUCUCAAUUGUGAGGAGGUGUGUGAAGGUAUUGUCGGGACAAGAGUAUGCUGCCAAAAUCAUAAACACAAAGAAGCUCUCAGCUCGUGAUCAUCAAAAGCUGGAACGAGAGGCUCGGAUUUGCCGCCUCCUGAAGCAUCCUAAUAUAGUAAGGCUUCAUGAUAGCAUAUCAGAGGAGGCACACCACUAUCUGAUAUUUGACCUGGUCACAGGUGGGGAGUUGUUUGAGGACAUUGUUGCUAGAGAAUACUAUAGUGAAGCAGAUGCCAGCCACUGUAUUCAGCAGAUCCUGGAAGCUGUCUUACAUUGCCACCAGAUGGGUGUAGUACACCGAGAUUUAAAGCCAGAGAACCUUCUGCUGGCAUCUAAACUGAAGGGAGCUGCUGUUAAAUUAGCUGACUUUGGCCUUGCCAUUGAGGUGGAAGGAGAGCAACAGGCUUGGUUUGGAUUUGCAGGCACUCCAGGCUAUCUUUCUCCUGAAGUGCUUCGAAAAGACCCCUAUGGAAAAGCUGUGGAUUUGUGGGCAUGCGGAGUUAUUCUCUAUAUUCUGCUGGUUGGCUAUCCUCCUUUCUGGGAUGAGGAUCAACACCGACUAUACCAGCAGAUCAAAGCUGGAGCCUAUGAUUUUCCUUCACCUGAGUGGGAUACUGUCACUCCUGAAGCAAAAGACCUCAUCAAUAAAAUGUUGACAAUCAACCCUUCCAAACGUAUCACAGCAGCAGAAGCUCUGAAGCACCCAUGGAUAUCACACCGUUCCACUGUGGCCUCUUGCAUGCACAGACAGGAGACUGUGGAUUGCCUGAAGAAGUUCAAUGCCAGAAGAAAGCUAAAGGGUGCAAUCCUCACUACAAUGUUAGCAACCCGGAAUUUUUCUGGAGGAAAAAGUGGUGGCAACAAGAAGAAUGAUGGUGUGAAGAAAAGAAAGUCCAGUUCCAGCGUUCAGUUAAUGGAAUCUUCAGAGAGUACAAACACCACCAUUGAAGAUGAAGACACCAAAGUACGGAAACAGGAAAUCAUUAAGGUGACGGAGCAGCUGAUUGAAGCAAUAAGCAAUGGGGACUUUGAGUCCUACACAAAAAUGUGUGAUCCUGGCAUGACCGCUUUUGAACCAGAGGCUCUGGGGAAUCUGGUGGAAGGGCUAGAUUUCCAUCGAUUCUACUUUGAAAACUUAUGGUCCAGAAACAGCAAACCAGUCCACACUACUAUUCUGAACCCACAUAUCCACUUAAUGGGAGAUGAGUCUGCCUGUAUUGCUUAUAUCCGCAUCACACAAUAUGUUGACACAAAUGGGAUCCCUCGCACUGCACAGUCUGAGGAGACCCGAAUCUGGCACCGCCGGGAUGGCAAAUGGCAAAUUGUUCACUUCCACAGAUCUGGAGCACCUUCUGUUUUACCGCACUGAAGCACAGCCACGCAGGCCAAGUUUCUCACUGCCUCACUACCAAGGGAAGUUCCCUGCUAUACUUUAUCUAAGGAACUUGGCUGCUGACUCUACUACUUGGUUCUUGCUGGAAUUGCUCUCUCACACAGCGCUCCUCACCAAAAUAAGCCGAGAAUUUAAUAGACUUCUCCUUCUGUUUCACACGCUCAUGUUUGCCACGUUGUGCCAUUCUCGUAGAAUAGGGCAAAUGCCAGGGCCCUAUUGCAUGAAGCAGCUUUCUGUGUAAAAGGAGAAACACCUGAAGAAUAGACUGAGACACAGCCUUCAGCUAAUACUCGGCAGAGCUCACGGAUUCACAUUCAUUAAAUAUUUUUCACAAUUAACCAUGCUUGUCACAGGGACAGGAUCUAUUCAGUCUACUAUUUCCACUAGUCUUAAGGUAACUGAGAAAAAACAGAACAUGCAAAGAAAAUUCCAACUACCAUGUGCCAAGGGAAGCUGCGUAGCCACCUCCAUUCACUAGUGGAUUGGUAUCCACCCAUGAACAGUGCUCUUGCCCUGUUAAGCUCUGUCAAUUUAUUUAUUUGUAACAUUUAUAUACCACCCCUCAUUAUAUAAAUUCCAGGGCAUUCAUGGUGGUCUGUCCACCCUUAAUACCUGCAUUUUCCAUGCACCAUUAAGCUAAAAUCUGACGUAUCAACUUUACUUAAACCCUCAGAAACUUCUGUUGGGGUGAAUAUUGCUUUAUUCAGAAUGGUAAGUAAAAUGCACCAUUAAUCUAUCUUCCCAAAAAAGAAUGUUUUUUUGUGACUGGGCUAACAGAAAUUCACAACACUUUUAAUGAUAUAUUUGCUCAUUCUCUUCUUCCUCUCAAGCUUGACAGAAAGGAAACAGUUGACACUUUAUUGGCAUUUCAAUAUGCCAAGAGUAAAUAGGGAUAACUUUAAAAAUCCAGCUUGCUAGCAGGAUACUUUUUCCAUAUUAUUUUUAAUGCAGUGGCAUGGGCAGUUUUUGCCACAAUCCAAUAGAAUAUUGUAACUUUCUUUUAUCGAUGUUCAGCUUGGCAAAAACCUCCAUAAAUUCAACUUUUUUUCAAUGGCCUUUUGCUCCCUUAUCUACAGCAUGUUUAUCCUCUGCCCCUCCAAGACACAGUUUCAUAAUUAAGCUAAAAUAAAUAAAUGAACACAUAGCUCAAACCUUUCCCUUGCCCAUCACAAUUUUCUUACAUAAACACUUCAUGAAAUGUAGCAGCACUGAAGAUGCUGACCCUAUGGAAGCAGAACUGCCCCUUCAGUUUGAAACAAAAAUAGAGGCCAAGACUUUCCAGCAAAGACAGAGAAUGCAAGCAUUGCUAAUGACACUCUGAGGCAUUUUGAUUAUGCUUUUAACAAACA